AUGACACAAUCCAACCCUCCAGACACCUAUCGGGGUCCCCGCCACCAGGGUGAGUACGAUCGCCUACGAACUCAACAUGAGCUCGUGAAGACUGCAAUGAAUGGAAAGCUUCUGUAUUGCCCUGUGGAUAUCAAGCAGCCAAACCUUCGUAUCCUGGACUCCGCCACCGCCGAGGGCACAUGGUUGAUGGAUCUGGCCCAAUCGGUCCCCCCGUCGACAUCACUUUAUGGCACCGACAUCGCCCCCCAGCACUUCCUCCCGGAGAAUUUGCGGCCUUCGAAUUUACAUCUUUCACUUCACUCAAUAUUCGACCCUUGGCCUGCCGACUUUCAAAACAGCUUUGAUGUGGUCCAUCAGCGCUUUGUUCUUACAGUCGCCUCCGAUCAAACUGCCCAGGAGGCUGUCAAGCUGUUGUUCUCGUGUGUCAAGCCCGGCGGUUGGAUUGAGUUGCAUGAAGGGAACAUGCUUUCGAUUCAGGAGGGGCCUGAGCAUGCAGCAUUCGUCAAGUUCCGUGACAUCAUGGUCAAUGCUUGGGCAGCCAUAGGGAACCAGCCGAGCCCGGGAUCGUUCCUAGUACAAUGGUUACAGGGUGCUGGUGCUGUGGACAUCCAAGAAAGUGUUCAGGUCAUCAAGGUUGGAGCCGCAUCAGAGGAUCCAGAGCAAGGCGAGAGGGCUGUGGUUGUUUUGCUUCAUCUGCUUGAUGGAAUGAAAAGAAUGCUGAGUGGGAAGCCGGGACAACCUAAGAGCGAGGAAUUUGAUACCCUUCGCAAUGAAUUGGAGAUCGAGCUUCGCAAUGUUGGAAAUGUCUACCACUAUCAUCUCGCUUGGGCGAAGAAAGCUUGA